CUGAACCAUCCAGAAAACGGAACCCUAAUCUGAGGUCACUGAAGACAAGAAAUGUGCUCUCUUUCGAUUAGAAAGCCACCAAAUUCAUCCUUCGUCUUCCCAAAAUUCGCUCCUUUACUUGUACGACAUCGUUUCACCCUCCCAUUACUCAAACCGCGGAGUGUCCGCGUCGUCGCUUCUCUCUCCGGUGCCUCAUGGGUCUCUCAAGCUUCCAAAGACAAAUACGGCGGCUGGUCUCUUAUUCAAGACGACCCUCCUCUUCCUCACUCGAAAAAGUGGAGGAACGUUGUAAUCACUGGUGUUGGAUCAUCACUCGCUCUUCUGUUAGCUACUCUUGCUUACUUCUCAGUCUCCAGAAAAGGGUUUAGGUUCUGCUUUAGCAAUCCGUUGCAUUGUUCAAGUGUGGAUUUGAAUCAGAAUGAGAAUGAGACUGAAGAGAGUGUUCAGAAGACUUCUGCCUCUGAGUCAGUCACUGAAGGCGUUGACUAUGUUUCAGAUACUGUUGACACUUCAUCAUCAACGGUAAAAGCUCACCGUAUCACCACUCCGGUUUCAGUAGAUGCUGCUCAACAAGAAGCAAUAACAGUUUUAAAGAAACUAAAGAUAAUUGAAGAUGAUGUAGUGGCAGACGAGUUGUGCACCAGACGAGAGUAUGCUAGAUGGCUAGUUCGUUUAACUUCGUUACUAGAGAGAAAUCCAAAGCACAGGAUUGUGCCAGCAGUUGCUUUAGCUGGCUCUUCAGUUCCUGCAUUUGAAGAUGUGAAUAUUACAGACCCUGACUUCGAGUACAUUCAAGCCUUGGCAGAGGCAGGCAUUACAUCCAGCAAGCUAUCCGGAAACGACAUUAGUUUUCAUCCUGAAAAUUUUGUUUCCCGGCUCGAUUUGGUUAACUGGAAAGCUGAAUUAGAGUGUGAUUUACAUCCUGAAAUCAUGCAAGAGAUAUCAAGGACAAAGGUAGACUAUAUCGAUACAAAGGAUCUCAAUCCUGACAUGUCCCUCGGCUUCUACUUGGACUUCUUGAUGGGAGACAAGAGUACAAUCAGAAACGUUUUCGGUAGGAUCAAGCGGUUUCAGCCGAGUAGACCUGUCACAAAAGCACAAGCGGCUGUAGCAUUAACAACCGGUAAAAUGGCGAAAGCUAUUUCAGAAGAGCUGUCAAGGUUAGAAGCAGAGUCCUUCUCCCAGAAAGCUGAGAUGGAAGAAAUAAGAUCAGAGUUGCUUGAAAAGGGAGAGAUAAGGCAACUUUGGGAUGAGAAGCUUCAGGUAGAGAGAUUCAGAGGAGUUGAGAUGGAAGAGCUCUAUCUCUCCAGGGUUGAUGAACUAGAACAAGAAAAGGUUUCUCAGCUGAAGUGGUUUGCGGAGCGUUUGAAAGAGAAAGCAGCCAUAGAUUGUCAAAAACAGUUGGUUACUAGCUUGAGAGAAGAUAUUGAUGAGAUGUCUCAGAGGCUAACAACGGAUGAAUCUGUUUAUAUGGUUGAGCAUAGCGAGUUACAAAAGAUGCUGAGUGAGUUACAGUCCAAACUUGAAACGGUGCUUGAUAAAAGAUCUAUCCUUGAAGCUGAAGUUGAGGCUCUUCGGAUUCUCAGAACUUGGGUAGAGGAUGAAGCAAAGGCAAGCCAAGCAAGGGCCAAGGUUCUAGAGGAAGCGGGAAGAAGAUGGAAAUGGAACGACCAUUCUUGAAUCUUGAGAUUGUACAAAACAGAAAUGUGUUGGGUGAUUGAUUGUUAUAUGAGUGUUGCAAAUCUAAAAUCAAGAACUUUGGUUUUGUUGGUUUAUUUUGGGGGAAGACAAUUAAAUUCUCUGUAAUUCAAUCCUGGUUAUAAAUUGGAAACAGAACAAUCUUUGGU